AUGGUUCACCAGUCCUUGCUCGAGAAGAGACUCUGUGUUUACCAAGUGACGGACAGCAAAUACUCCUCUGCUGGUAAUGUGAGUGGCUCCGAGCAGCUCUGUGAUAAAACUGACUGCUGUUUGGCCAUUUUUCAAAUCAUAAAUGGCCAGCCAAAGGUUGACACUCUUGCAUGUGGCAUAGCAAACAUGGUUUGCCCUGAUGCAACCUGCAGGGCGAAACCACACUUCAUAGAUCCCUACAUUCAAUGUACAUGCAGAACAGACCUGUGCAACGGAAAAAUCACAUGGAGUCCAGAAACAGAACAGCCUCCAGUAACCCAGCAUUACACAGCAGCUAAAUUCAUAACAGUGCUGGUGGUGAUUCUGUUCUUUACUGUCCUCGUGAUUAUUGCUACCAAAUGGAAAAACCUUGGCAAGAAAAAAGAGGAUCCUCUGCAACCUUCCUGUCAUGACUAUAAUGUUCAACCACUGUGUUCCUGUCAAAUAAAAGCCUCAGAAAACCAGAUACCUGACAUUGUACUACAGGAGGUUUUGGGACAGGGGCACUUUGCAUCUGUUUAUCAAGCGAAGCAGAGGGGAUCAGUGGUGGCUGUUAAAGUGUACCCUGCAAACUGGAAACAUAUGUUCAUCAAGGAAAAGGAGGUUUAUGAGCUUCCACUGAUGAAGCAUGAGGGGAUCGUCAAGUUCUUAGGCACUGGAAGGAAACCAGACAAUGGCAGCCUUCUUAUUGUGCUUCAAUAUGCUGAAUAUGGUUCUCUUCACUCUUUUCUGUGUAAACACACCAGCAGCUGGAUGCUGUCCAUGAAGCUCUGCCAAACCUUAUCGGAGGGACUUUCCUAUCUUCACUCUGACCACCACAGCAAUGGCAUGCACAAACCUCCCGUUGCCCACAGAGACCUCAGCAGCUCCAAUGUACUGGUGAGAGCUGACUGGACCUGCGUCCUGAGUGACUUUGGAUCCGCCACUAUACUGCGUUCUUGUUCAGGACAUCGCUUUUGGCAGGACCACACCACAAACAUGCAGUUUUGCACACUCAACUACAUGUCCCCGGAGAUCUUGGAGGGUUCUGUUAAUCUCAGCAGCAGCUCAUAUCUGCUGCAGGGGGACAUUUAUGCCUUGGGUCUGAUUUUGUGGGAGGUAUGGAUGCGCUGCUCUGAUUUAUUUCCAGGGGGCGCUGUUCCACAGCAUCUUCUGCCUUAUGAGUUGGAGCUGGAAGCCAAUGUUACAUUUGAGAGGCUCAUCCUCUAUGUGUCUGAGAUGGACAGGAGACCAUCCAUACCUGAAAAUUGGAAAGCGCUCCCGCAGGGAGCUGGAGUGAAGGAGCUGCUGACAGACUGCUGGGACAGCGACACAGAUGCUCGUUUGACGGCUGCAUGUGUUGUAGACAGAUUAAUCUCCCUGUAA